AUGGCUAGUUCUACACAUAACCCCAGUGUACUGUUAAAGCGGAUAUUAUCGUUAACAGAACCAGCACCGCUGCUUUUGGUCAGCGAUACUCUAGCUCAGAGCUCAUAUUUCUUGGUGCAAGAGGUCAUACACAAUGUGCAAGAAUACCAAAAGAGCAAGAAUAGCGGUGUCAUAGUGUUUGUCGCAUUCGAAACAGUGAAUAAGCCAAGAUACACAGAUAUAUUCAUCGACGCUAGCAAAGUUGGGUUUACCAAGCUUCCUGAGGCUAUAAGCUCAUUCUUACCGACUCCACAAACACCAGUGAACACAAGUUGCAGAAAUGUGAUAGUCAUAGAUUCUUUGAACCAUGUGCCUAGAGCUCAAUUAACAAAGUUCAUUGGAUCUAUAGCUACUCCACAUGCUACCAUAUUGGCUACCUUACACAGAGAUAUGCAUGACUCACCUUAUGAGCAUGGCCUUGACAAUUACCCAUCAGCAAUAGAGUUGCUUCAUUUUAUGGCUACUACUAGUCUUGAUGUCACUCCUGCUAGCACUAUAAGCGACGACGACGAACUAAAUCAACAACUAUCGAAGUUACAAAUUCCACGCGGGCUUAACAAUACGACUUUCAAAGUAUCAUUGACAUAUAAGAGAAAGUCUGGUCGGGAGCUUACUUAUGACUUCAAAGUGGAUUAUAAUACACAUCAAUACUAUCAAAUCAUGGAUAAGAAAGAUGUGGACGAAAAUGCUCUGGAAACACCAGAAAUGUUGCAAGGUUUAACAACUUUCAACUUAUCAACAUCCGCCAAACAAAAGGCAGCAAAGGAUCAAGUUGAAUUACCAUUCUUGGAAGCUCAAUCAUUAACAGCUGGUGGUGCCAUUGUCUAUGAGUAUGAGAAGGAUGACGACUACGACGAGGAAGAUCCUUAUGAGGAUCCAUUUUAG